CGUUAAUCUGCUGGCUCUUACGCUCAAUCUUCCACUGGCAGUCACAUGGAGGGGCUUUUCCUACUUGCAUUUGACUUUGUUUCCAGUCACGUCCGUCGCAGUCUCGCGGCUGCGGUUUACCUGCCCCUCCUUCCGACAACGCUCACUCCGUCAACCGGCAACCACAUCAACAGCUGUGCGGAUCGGCGAAGAGCGCUCGAUCAAUGGCCCCUCCCACGGGUCCUCGUGCCGGUGGCCACGUCAACCGACCGACCGUGCGAGGUGCGCGAGGUGCCGGCGUUGGAAAGCGCCGGGCCACUUCACGAACCGAUCGCGACGGCGACGUUUCCAUGGAUAGCAUGACCAAACCACCCACCGGUCCAUCGGCGCUUUCCACUCGAGGCGGUCGCGGCGCCCGAGGCGGGAGAUCAGCUCGCUCGUCCUCCCGACUCACCCAGAACAUUCGAAACUAUGUGUCGGAGCAUGAUGGCGCAGUUCGCAACCCAAAGGCCCAGUUCAACAAGGUCUUCAUCAGGAUCCACGGUCUCAAGGACAGCAAGGCGGCUAGCAACUCGGAUGGCGGCCUUCGUUCGCUUCUCGAUUUUCUGGAGCGCAAAUCUUCCCACGAGCGGCCCAUCACAUUUGGCAAAGGAGUCAUCCGCGGCGAUGAUGUGUGGCUUAAAGUCAACCAAGUAGACGCACACCACCUGUUGAAGUUGAACGGAUUUACAUUUGCCGGCGCUCCGCUGGUCAUCGAAGAAUCAACCGGUCCGAUUCCAGAGCAAGGAUCAACCGGCGGCUCCGAGACUAAAACGUCAGACACCAAAGAAAAGCUGCUGGCCGUUCUUGCAUCCCGGUACAACAUCGAACAGAAACUGCUCGAUCUGUCAGCGCUCGGCGCCGAUCAGACCCUGAGGACCAUGGGCGCGUUCGAGAACAAGGCUCUAGCGGAAAAGUCAUUCAAGGCCCUCAUGCGUCUCACCGCGACACGUUACGACAAUGCUGCCGAGAAGGAAUCCGCCAUUCAAGCCGUUACCCUCGCCAAUAAUGACAUCCUCGAUGUUGGCGAAGUUUUUACCCUGGCACAGACGCUGCCCCGUUUGCGCCGCCUGGACCUCAGCGGCAACCAGCUUCAGGAUUUCCACAAGCUUUCCAAGUGGCGCCACGAAUUCCGCCUCUUGGAGGAGCUCCAUCUCGUCGGAAAUCCCCUCACCAACUUGACCAACUACCCGACUCAGGUGAUUGAAUCGUUCCCGAGCCUUCAGAUUCUCGACGGACACCGGGUUCGAACGCCAGAAGAGGCCGCCGAAGCCUUGAAAGCGUGGUUCCCCGUGCCGUUCCCCCGCCUGCCGUCCAACCUCCGUGACGGGGAAAAUAACGUUGCGAGCACCUUCGUUGCCAACUUUUUCACCCUCUACGACCACGAUCGGCUUGCUCUCGUCAGGCAGUUCUAUGACGCAGAGUCUGUCUUCUCCCUCAACAUGGGGACUGAGCCCGCCUCGAGCCCCUAUCCCAAUUACUCGAGGAACCUGGAAAUUAUUGGUGUCCGGAGUCCGUCCGCCGUUCAGCGCUUGUUCAGUGGAGGCAACGUUAUCGCCGAGCUCUGGGCCCGGCUGCCUGCCACCAGACAUAUCAGCCUGGAGCAGGCUGGAGAAUGGCAAAUCGAUUGCCAUACCUUCCCAGGUCUGGCCGACCCUUCGGGCCAAGGCAUCGCCACGGGCCUGGUGAUCACCGUUCAAAGCCGGUUUGAGGAAGUCGAUCCAACCAAGCAGCUCGUCGGUACCCGCGCCUUUUCCCGGUCCUUUGUCCUCGGUCCUAGCCUGCCCGGCGCCCCACACCCCUACCGCGUCGUCAGUGAUGAGCUGUCCUUGCGCGCGUGGGUACCGCAACAAACCAGCGCGACCGCUCAAGUAGCGCCCGCGGUGGCCGUCCCGGUUCCGCCCCCUGCGGCUGCUCCCCCCGCCCCCCCCCUUCCGAGCGACCUCGAACGGGCUCAGAUGAUUCUGGAGUUGUCCAAUCUGACGGGCAUGAAUGCCCAGUACUCGGAAUUGUGUUUGGCCGGCCUCGCGAACUGGGAUUUCAACCUGGCUCUCAGGUCGUUUGAGGAGAAGAAAGCGGAACUGCCGCCGGAGGCGUUUGCUGCACCAACUGCGUAGUCUCGGGGCUACGAUGAGGAAGAGUUGCGAGGGAUAUGUCAUUAGCAGAUGGAUUAGCGACACCAAGAUGCGAAUGUAAGACGAAAUUGACACGGGGAAGAUGCGAAAAAAAAAAAAAAAGAGCAAAUUGUGAUAUGGCAGCGCUUGUCCCUGAACCCCCAUUUUUCUCUUUCUCGCCACGGGAAGCAUUUUGGCCUGAUCUUUCCUUUUUUUCGGAGCUGGGCAAAAGGAUGGGGGCUUUCAUCUGGCGUUCUGUGCGGCAAUGGUCAAGAUUGGGCGGAUGGAUGGGUGGCUUUGGAAAGCCUGAUGGAU